AUGAGUCCUGAAAAUUGGACGUGGGUGACAGGGUUUGUCCUUCUGGGUUUCCCCAGAAGCUACAUCCUGCAGUCCCUGUUGUUCUUGGGGUUGAUGGUGACCUACGUUGUAACAGCCAUAGGCAACCUGCACUUGCACACACAGAUGUACUUCUUCCUGAGGCACCUGUCCUUCCUGGAGAUGUUGCUCGUAUCUGUUGUGGUUCCCAAGAUGCUCGUCAUCAUUCUCACAGGGGAUCACUCCAUCUCAUUUGCCAGCUGCAUCCUCCAGUCCUACCUCUACUUCCUCCUAGGCACCACCGACUUCUUCCUCUUAGCUGUCAUGUCUCUGGAUCUUUAUCUGGCAAUCUGCCGACCACUCCACUAUGAGACUCUGAUGAGUGGUCGUGUCUGUUCCCAACUCGUUUUGGCCUCCUGGCUAGCUGUAUUCCUCUGGGUCCUUUGCCCCACCAUCCUCAUGGCCUGUCUACCUUUCUGUGGCCCCAAUGGUAUUGACCACUUUUUCUGUGACAGUUGGCCUUUGCUGAGGCUCUCUUGUGGAGUCACCCGCCUCCUGAAGCUGGUGGUUUUCAUGCUCUCCAUGUCCGUGUUACUGGGCUCACUGGCACUGACCUCGGUUUCCUAUGCCUGCAUUCUUGCCACUGUUUCCAAGGCCCCCACAGCUGCUGAGCGAAAGAAGGCAUUCUCCACUUGUGCCUCAUAUCUUACUGUUGUCAUCAUCGUCUACGGCAGCUCCAUUUUUCUCUACAUCCGUAUGUCAGAUGCUCAGUACACACUGCUCAACAAAGGUGCCUCAGUCCUGAGCUGUAUCAUCACACCCCUCCUGAACCCGUUCAUCUUCAGUCUCCGCAAUGAGAAGGUGAAGCAGGCACUGAGACAUGCCCUGAGGUGGCACAGAACCAUGGCAGCGAGAACUAUGAAGGUCACAAGUAAAAGGAAAUAUUAG